GGUUUAGGGAAGUUGGGGUUAAUUUCCGCUCGGUAGUGGCCGUUCAUCUAUAGCAGCCGUCAACUCCUCUCUGCCGACAGCCGUCGUCAUGUCCAACAACAAUGCCAGCAACAAUUUAAUUAUCGCUCAGAGGGCCGUGAAGCAGCUCCGGUUAGAGGCCAGUAUCCGGAGGAUCAAGGUGUCCCAGGCUGCUGCUGAGCUGAGAAACUUCUGUCUGCAAAAUGCCUCCAAGGACCCUCUCCUGGUCGGGGUCCCCUCCAGUGAUAAUCCCUUCAGACCUCCCAAGUCCUGCUCCCUGUUCUGAGAAAGAAACAAAGAGGAUUGGCAAAUUUCCCCAUCGAAGGCUUUCUUCACUUCUACUUGAUGUCUCUGUAGAUCUAUCAGCUCCUCUUGGGAUGAUGCAACAUUGGAAUUGGGUGGCGUGGGGUUGGGGUUGGGGUUUGUCCACUUGUUUGCCAAAACUAACGGUCUCAUAACACCCAUCUGUUACAUUAAAGCAGGGCCAAACUACAUGUUCAAAAAAAUUGUUAUUGACACUAGCCUGACUAAUGAUUAAGCUGUCCUUAGUUUACCUAGUGCUUAACAUGCCCCGUGUCAGUUUACUGACUUAACAGUGUCUGUCUCGAGUCAGUGAAAUGCAGUCCAUGUGAUUUGCUACGGAAAGUACAACUUCCUUUUAUAUUUUGUGUGGAAGGUGGAGAAACUAUCAAAUAUUAAUUUAAACCAGGUGCUGUUUCAAGAAUAAGAACAUGUUGUGUUAAAUAUAUGCAUAUAUAUAUAUAUAUGUAUGUAUAUAUAUAUAUAAUAUAUAUAUAUAUAUAUAUAUAUACAUACAUAUAUAUGUAUAGAUACACUGUAUUUCAUGUUGUGUCUUUACAGAACACUAACUGUGUAUGUGGCCAACAGACAUACUACUAGCUUCUGAGCUAAAAUGAUUGGUGUCUUAAACUACUCAUAUAUUUGUGGCAAUAGUAAAUGUGUUACUACUACUCUGAGGUACAAUAACACGGUACAGACUUUUAACACUUUCAGUGCAGGGCAUAUGAUUGUUGAUUAACUGUUCAUCCAGUCAUUUUUGUGUAUAUAUUUAACAGCCUGUUAAGGGUGCUUUUAUUAGCCUAUAUCUGUUCCUGUCUUUAAUUUAAAAAAAACAUGUCAAGGCCUUACACUAUUUGGAUAGUGAAACCUAGUAGUAAAUUUGAUGUAUAUCACUUUAGAUACAUAGAUGUUCACUUUAGAUACACAGAUGUUCAUAGUUAUUCAAAACGUCCAAAUAUUGUUUGUAUUUAAUGAAAAAUGCUGCAGUGACUUGUUGCAAUAAUCAAUUUCCACACUGGAAUCAUGCUCGGAUCAACCAAAACUUUUACUACUGUUAGCCUUUAUCUUUCUUAACUUUGCUACUGUGGGCAGCCUUUUAGAAAUUAAAUGACGUUUUUGGACAAGAA